AUGGACAUGGAGGCGCUCUAUGCCUGCACCAAGUGCCACCAGAGCUUCCCCUUCGAAGUGUUGUCUCAGGGGCAGCAGCUGUGCAGGGAAUGCCGGAUUGCUCACCCUGUUGUGAAGUGCACCUACUGCAGGACUGAGUACCAGCAGGAGAGUAAAACCAAUACAAUAUGCAAGAAGUGUGCUCAGAACGUGCAGCUGUAUGGAACGCCUAAGCAUUGUCAGUAUUGCAACAUAAUUGCAGCAUUUAUUGGCAAUAAAUGCCAGCGCUGCACGAAUUCAGAGAAGAAGUAUGGACCCCCAUAUUCUUGUGAACAGUGCAAGCAGCAGUGUGCGUUUGACAGGAAAGACGAGCGAAAGAAGGUAGAUGGGAAGCUCCUGUGCUGGCCGUGCACGCUGUCCUACAAGCGUGCCCUUCAGAAGACCAAAGAGCAGAGGAGACACCUGAGCAUCUCUUCUCGAGCCAGCCAUCAGGAGAAGGGGCAGUACAACCGCCUGGGUGGUGACGGCCAUUACAACAGCCAGAAAACACUUUCUACAUCUUCAAUUCAAAAUGAAAUCCCAAAGAAAAAAUCCAAGCUUGAGUCAAUCACAACUAACGGAGACGGCUUUUCCUCAGACCUGGCUCUGGAUUCCCCUGGCACUGACCACUUUGUCAUCAUUGCCCAGCUGAAGGAAGAGGUGGCCACUCUGAAGAAGAUGCUGCAUCAGAAGGACCAGAUGAUCUUAGAGAAAGAGAAGAAGAUUACGGAGCUGAAGGCUGAUUUUCAGUAUCGGGAGUCUCAAACUCGGGCCAAAAUGAACCAAAUGGAGAAAACCCACAAAGAAGUCACAGAGCAAUUGCAGGCCAAACACCGAGAGCUUCUCAAACAGGCAGCUGCUUUGUCCAAGAGCAAGAAGUCCAAGAAGUCAGGCGCCAUAACGUCUCCGUGAGGACCACAAGAAGACUCCCAGCA